CGCGCGCCUCCCUUCUGCACCUGAACAGUCGGCUUUAAGCGCACAGCACCACAGCUCGUCCUCACACACACGAAGGCGUAGUAAGCUUUCCUAACUCCUAACGCUGUUUCACUUCAACCCGCCGGUUCACAAACUUACCAAGAACAUGUUUCAGUUCAAGAGGUCUUUCGAAGGCGAGAAACUUCAGCUGCAGGAACUGAACCAGAGGCUCGGGCACUACCUGUCCAGAGCUAAGCAACUGGAGCAAGAAAACGCUCUCCUGAUAGCGGAAAUCAACACGAUCAGGCGUAACAGGUGUGAGGAAUGGGAAAGCACACGCCUGGCCGAGCUGAGAGAGAUGAGAAGGCUGGUGGAACAACUCUCUUUUGAAAAGUGCAGAGCGGAGAUGGAGAGGGAGCAGCUGCGCAGAGAACUUCAGCUGAUCCAGGCCAUGCGCUCCGACGAGUCGUCGCUCAGCAAAGGUCUGGAUGGCGAGCUGCAAGGUUGUGAGAAGCAGCUCCAGCGUGCUCUUCAGACCAACAGCGCGUUGGAGGAGCGCCUGCUCCAGCUGCAGGAUGAAUGUGCGCUUUUACAUGAUGCUCACAGGACCGAGGUCGCGCACGUCAGGAGCUGCGUGCACACCCGGGUCUUACCUGUAGUCACUCGGACGUAUCACGGGCCACCAGCGUUCACUUCGGAGGAAGUCCAGGACUAUGCGCUUAGUCUGUCUGAAAGCUGGAAGGAGACAUUUGAGAUGUAUCGACAGCAGGUUGAGGAGAUGGAAGAAGCGAUAAAAGCAGAUCAGUCGAAGCUUGAAGAUAUUAGAAGGGAAAAGGUCGAGUACGCAAAAGAGCUGAACAAGCUGCGAGCAGAAAUGGAGAAACACUCUCAAAUACAGCUGGAGCUCGAGGAGCAUCUUAUGCACAUGCAGGAAAAGUUUAGACAAGACGUCACUCAGUAUCAGAUAAUUGUUGAAGAACUUAAACAAGAGCAUAUGUUUCUGGCCAAUGCUGUAUCAGAAAAGCUGAAAGAUCAUCAUGAACUCCUACAGGUCAAAAUGGGACUUGGCAUGGAAGUGGCAGCAUACAGGGCCCUGCUAGAAGGUGAAGGUACACAUGCUCAGAAGAGGACUGACCAAUAUUCAAGAGAGAGAAUAAUAGAUAUCAAAUUGCCAGCCCGUCCUUAUACUCCAAGAGCCUCUACCAUGACAGCAAGUCGACCAGAAGUGAGAAGGAAUUUAAUCCAUGAUGUCUGGAAUAUAAAACCUGUUUCAAGCACAAGAACCUCUACAGUUUCCAGACAGGUUGAUUUCAACAAAUCUUCCAGGAUUUUGCCUAUCGCUGUUUCAAACCAUGCUCAGCAGAGUCCUGCUGCAAGAAGAGACAUGCUUGCUUUCACCAAAGCAAAACAGGCUUCAGGUUGUGCAACAAGUGCAGCCAAACCUGAGGUUUCUACUAGUAAGACCAGCAAAGAUGUGAUGGAAGAACAAAGGGUAAUCAUCAAAGGUGUGUCUAAAAGCCCACAAAGUGAUCUUUUCCAGGCAGAAAUACAAAACAAAGUGUUUCCCACUGCAUCAUCAACAGUAGAAAUAAAAUCAGUGAAAGUUGUGACACCACCCAUGAUGAGCCUGAACAGAAAAGCAGAAACCCAGCAGAAAUCUGAGGAUAAGAAAGAUAAAAUAAAAGAUGAGAGGACCGAAGCAGAGUAUGUCAAUGUAACAGUACAAUCAGAUUCAACACACUUUAUCCAGCAUAAUGAAUCCGCGAAACGAAAAGAAAAUGAGAAAGAUUUGAAUGAUUCUGGGAAUGUGGGACCAAAGAUAUUUGCAGGUGAGGAAAAAGUUUUGGACUCUGUGUCUAUGGAAGAAAUUAUUGAGAAUGUCAUUAAACCUGCUGGUUUUGAUACCAAGCUCAGUUCAUCUGGUGACUCAAAGAUCACAUACCAUGUAGAGAAAACAGAGCAAGAGGAUGGAAGUACAAAGACUCAGAUAGUUCUGCAGUCAAAAAUGGAAGAGGAUCUGGAUUUGACAGACAGCUCUGCUCUUGAGGAACUUCUUAAUAAGGGGGUACAUAAAGUUUCUCUGGAGGACAUUGAAGGAACCCCAACAGGAAGCAUGAUUCAGAACCUUCUGCAUCUUGGCCUUGAAGGUGAAAGUUUAGAAAACAAGUCGAUUAAAGUGGAGAUAAUGGGGGCACCACUGGAAUCUCAUAGUGAUGAAGGGAAAGCUGAAAUUAAAGAGACAGUGGAGGUUAAGUCCAAGCCUUACUUUCAACCAUCGUCCAUGUUCUUUCACAUUGAAGAACCAGACAAUGAACCUCAACCAGCUAAACAAAACGAGAACACUGAGGAGUUUGGGAAAACCUCAAAGUAUGUCAAGAGUGGAUUUGUGCAGGUGCAGGAAGUUCCAAGAGAUGAGAGCUUCCCAUACUAUUCUCAGGGCCAAGAAACACAAGAAUACUUUGUUUCCACUCCUGAAGACAACAUGUCUGAAUCAGAGGAGGGUGGAGGAUUUAUGUCUUAUGGACAUUAUGGGGUGGUGGAAGAUCUUUCAGAUGAGAGAUACUUCCAGGAAGAAAAUCUGCCUAUAAAAAGGAGGUACUCUGAUGAAGGGGAAUAUAACAUCGAGUCCCCUGAAUAUGUCAAAAGAGACACUCCAGAAAUUUCAGAGUGUUUUUUUGAAGAGGAGGUGCAUGUUUCUCCCAGUAUGCAGGAGUCAGUGCUGGAAAUCCUACAAGAAGAGUCACUGGACCCCAGAGAACAGUUAAAGGAAGCACUGGAGCAGAUAGGGGGCACUGUAUCUGGAGCUCUAAAAGAAGAACUUGUUUCGUUCACCAAAGCUGGUCAAGGUUCUGAGAACCUGUCUGUUAACAUCCAGAAGGUGCAGCAAUCACCAGAUGAUCGAACAAUGACCUUUGUGGCAGAGGUUAAUAUUUCCCAGAGUCUGGAGGAUUCUGGUCUGCUUCAAAAUGAGGGAGAUGACUUGUUACAGGAACAGGUGAUGGCAGCACUGCGGUCUCCCAGCUCUGACUUCCACCAGGCACACUGUGCUGGAGUUGAUGAUGAGUAUACCAUCAGACUCACCACAGAGGAGCUCCAGAAAGGGGAAAUGCCUUGGAUGACCAGCCUUCAGGAAACUGAAGGCUUGCGCUCAGAUCAUGAAAUUAGCAAGACAGAGAAGAUCAUCAGGCUGGGGCCUAAUGAGAGGUCUUUCACAUUUCAAAUGGAUAUUAACAACAGCGCAUCUGCACCAGGCAUAGAAGGCAUAAGUUCUCAGGAUCAGAAAGAUAAUGGAGCCAAUGUGCAAGAGUUUCUACAGACUGACCCCUCAUUAAAGGUCUACCAAGAGAAAAAAAUAGCUACUGUUUAUCUUGAAAGGCCGCAGGAGGACUAAAAGAGAUCCAGAUAUACAGUAAAACACCAUUAACUGAGAUCCAAAUAAAAAUGCCGAUUAUGUAACCAGGUAUGAUGAAUUGUUUGUUACUGUCAUUGUUUUUACAACACAUUUAGACAGCAGCACUUAUCAAGGAUUUAAAGGCUUGCCUUCUAUGCAAUCAGAUUAUUUUAUCACUGUGCCAUUUCUUACUUUUUGUUGUGUAAGCUUCAAGGAAUGAGUCAGUUAAUAUCCAGUUAUGUCAAAAAGUUAGUACCCCCCCCCCCACCCCCUUUUUUAAAAACAUAAAAAGCAUCUAAUUAAAGUGGGUCUUAUCAUUAGGCAAAUAAAACCUCAGAGUACUAACACCAUACAACUUUUUUCACCAUGCCAUUAUUUAUUUAACCAAAAUGAAGCUAAAAAGUAAAAAACAUGCAAGCAAUACUAGGUACCUGCUUACUGCUUCCACAUGAUUUAAUUGGUCCUUGAUUAAUCAAUUAUCAACAGUUGUGCAGACCUCUAUAAAAGCAUUUAGGUCUGGACCGUUCAGGUUUGUGUUAACACAAGGACAAAACUGUAGAACAUUGAACUCCAAAUGAUUAAAAUUUCCAAAAUGGUUUUAUAACCCUUUACAGACAAUUUGGAGUUGGACAACAUUCUACAGUGGAAAAAUUGAUAAACAUUCAAGACAGUUGUCUUCACAGAAUUGGACAACCCAGCACAUUCACCUCAAGUUUAAAUCCUCAGAGAAAUGAAAUUUCUCAGAAAGAUCUCAGACCCUAAAGGCCUCACUGAGCAUGUUAAAUGUUUAUUGUCCAUGGCAGCACAAUUAGAAGAAGACUGAACAGGUAAGGUUUGUUUUGAAGAGUUGAAAGGAGAAAGUCUCAUUGGUCUGAAAAGAACAUGGAAGCACAACUGAGGUUGCAAAAGUGCAUUUCAACAAAGCACAAGACUUCUGAAACAAUGUCCCAUGGACAAAUGGACCAAAUUGGAGUCGGUUGGCCUUAAUGCCCAGUGCCUUUUAUAAUGAAAAACCAAACAGCAUUUUGGCAGCAUACUCACCAUAUACCCACUGUCAAGCAUGGUGGUGAAGGGAUGAUGAUUUGGACUUGUUUUACAGCUAUAAGACCUGGGCAUUUAGCAGUCAUUGAGUUGACCAUGAACUCCUCUAUAUACCAGAGUAUUCUAGAGGCAAGUGUGAGGCCAUCUUCAGACAGCUACUGUAAAGCUUGGGUCAAGCAACAGGAAAAUGAUCUGAAGCACACCAGUAAAACUACAUCAAAAGGGCUGAAAAAUCAAAGAAUCAAUAUUUUGGAAUGGCCAAGUCAAAGUCACAGAGGAAACUAUUUCUUUAAAUAAUUGCUGCUAAAGAUAGAUCUACACGCUAUUGAAACAUGAGGUACUUAGUAUUGCUCACAUGUUUUUGGCUUCAUUUUUGUUAAAAUGUAUUCUUUAGUUUACAGUAUGCACUGUCAUAUUAAUAUUUUGAUAACGAUUCUGUUUCAAUGUAACAUGUAAAUUUGUUAAAUUAUAGCAGUCUACAAUUAAAAUUGUCUAGUAUAGAUUCAAUUAUAAAUUAAAUUUAAAAAAUAAUUUUAUUUUUAUGAUGUGACUAAGACAUAAAAACACCUUAAAUAUAUUUUUCCUGUGACUAUUCUGAUUUAGCAUAAGAUACCCACUAAACUUGUUAAUUAAAUGCUGAUUAAAAUGAGAUGCCUUUAAAAAAAUCAAGAACUGAUGGAAUCUUGUUCAUUAAAACGGGAAGUGGAUUACAUUUUGAUCGCUGAUUUUUUAUUAUAGUGAGAUGUGAUUGUUGUCAGAAUGAGCACCAGAGGUUCCAGACUAUACUUCUAGUCCUUCUUAAGUCCUUUAAUCCGUAAAUAACAUUAGCAUGGCAUUCGGAAAUCCAGCCUAUCUGCACUUCUAACAUUAGGAUCGUUCCAUGGUUUAGGAAUGUGUGAGUAAAGAGAGAGUGAGAUAUAAAGUAAAGUGUUUUUUUUUUUUAUGAGCAACAGUGUCAGCCUAGUGGUCACUGACUUAGCGUCUAGCAGCACGCUACAUAACAAGUGUAUUUUGGGACCCUUACUCAUGGUCCACAUAGCUGUAAUAGAAGGAGUGAAAAAAAAAGUGAGUGAAGCCAGGGUGCAUCCAGUAAGUCACUUCUGUAAUAGCAUGAGUCCUAAAGAGUUGUGCAGGUUUUUAAGAACAGUAUUAUUUGAAAUGUUAAAUAACUCUACUAUAGUUUUUUUUUUUUUUUUUUUCAAAAUUAAAACAUAUACUUUCUGUUUCACACUAAGAACAGGUUUCUUUUAAGCUGGCUGUGAUUUUUUUUAACCUGCUAUAGUUUUACAUUUAUUUGUCACCUGGUUUAUCACUGGUGAGAGUGUUAUGCUUGGAUGGAAUUAUGACUAUACUGUAUAACCACAAAUAUUGAUAAACCAAAGCUUUGUUUAGAAGUGGAUGUGCAGUAGCCUAAUUAAAAAUUUAA